GAUCUCUCUGAGGUGGUACCAUCCUGAACGGUUCAGUGGGCAGUGAGAUCUCACGAAAGCUGGUAGGGGGUGGGACAUAGUCAUUGUUGUGCGCCAUUGUUGUGACGUCACUACCACGUCAUUAAUGUGACCUAACUGGCAAACGUGUUGGUGCCUUCAUUGUUGCGACGUCACUAGUGUACUCUGAUUGUUGUGACCUUAUUGGUGACACCACUGAGUGAUGUUGCGACAUUGUUGCCACUAGCACUAGUGAUCAGUGAUCAGUGGUGGUUCAGUGAGUCAGUGGUCGACAUGUCAUCUGUAUGUUCUUUACAAGUUGAGAUCCAGACUGAGGCACUAAUGACUCCUUCAAGACUACGGAGGAUGUCUUGCAUUCCAGCAGUGUCAGGAGGAGCCAACGAGUCUCCUAGUCCAGGAGGAUUCCGCAGGAAGGGGUCGACCCAGAGGAGAGUCAACUCCGUGUACCAGAGGAAGUCUACAGCCUUCUUGGACGUUCCUUCAGACAAACAUCAGCAGGAACAGGAGGACGAGGACAGCUACAGGCUCAGGUCCUUCAGCUUUACUAGCAAAGGUGUUGUAAACAGAGGAGAUUCGUUCAGGAGACGUCGUUCUCGCAGCAACAGUCUACUUCCUUCCAGCCCCAACCCCGAGCAACCUCCGAGCUCCCUCUCCCCCGUACCCUCUCCUGAGGUCAUCACCUACCGGGUGGCCAUGCUGGGGGCUCCGGGAGUCGGCAAGACUGCGCUGGUCAGUCAGUUCAUGACGUCGGAGUGUAUCAACGCCUAUGACAGGACGAGAGAUGACUCUGCAGCAGACGGUACGCAAGAAGAGUCUGUAUGUAUAAUGCUGAACGGAGAGGAGUCCGAACUGAAGUUUAUUAAUGUUGGAAAUGAAAAGGGGGAAGUGGAUCGUAGUUCUCCGCCGGCAGACGCCUACAUAGUGAUGUACUCAGUGAUAGAUAAGGCUAGUUUCCAACGAGCAGAGGACGAGCUCGGCCGACUGCAGGACUACGACCUGCUCAGGGCCAGACCCGCCAUCUUGGUGGCCAACAAAGUAGAUCUGGUCAGGAGCAGGGCUGUAAACGCUCAAGACGGCAAAUGCCUUGCGUGCACCUACCGAGCCAAGUUCAUCGAGAUCUCCGUCGGCAUCAACCACAACGUAGACGAACUCCUCGUGGGAAUCCUCAACCAGAUCCGGAUGAAGAGGGCGAACGCCGACAAGGAGUCGGGGAGUCAUUGGUACAAGAGCCGGGGAGUUGUCAGAGCCAGCAUGAAGGCCAGACAAAUGUUCACCUGGAUCUUCGGCAAAGAAGACUCCAAGUUUAAAAACUGUGAAAACCUCCACGUCCUGUGAACUGGUUACACAAUAUAUUGCCAUCGGUGCAAGUUUUCAAAACAAAUUUGUGCUAAAUUUCAUAAGGGUUGUUUGUUUUCUAUCACGAUUGUUGCAAAAUGUCUUUUGCAAAAUUUUUAAAUCUAGUAUCAGAUCUUUAAAAGUUAUGAUGGCUUUUGUUUUGCUGAUCGUGAUUUAAAAUGCCCAUAAUAAUAAUGUCAUAAGAAGUCAUUUGUACUAGUUUGUUUCCCUCAAAGUUAGUUUACUUUAACGGUUAAACCGUGCAAGAAUAAUAUACAUUUUAAAAUAUAUAAGCACCUAGAUAAAGUAUUAUGAAUUAUUGCCAAGCCAAAGUUUCUGGUUAUUGACAUUUAAAUGAAAAAUUAUUUAAUUUUAAAAUUCUCUGAAAGUACAAAAUAGGUCAAAUAACUCUAGUAAUAAAUAUAUUUACACAUAUACUCACAAGACGGUAAAUACAUAUGAAAGAUGGUAAGUGGUGAUCGAUUUCGAUUGGACCCUCCAAUCAUCAUUACACCCAAUAUGUGUCUAAAUAUAUUUAUUACAAGUUUUAUAGGACAUAUUUUUGUACUUUCAGGUAAUUUUAUAACACGUACGAUGCUGAUCAAAAAGUUAUUUAUAAUCGUAGCAAUCUCAAAAAACACUCACUCUAUGUUUUUGUUGGAUUGUUUCUAAAAAAUUAAAUUGUGUCUCAGGAAUUGACCAAACUACUUGUUUUUGUUACAUUUCAUUCAACGUAUUUUUACGUUUUUUUU